UACCCGAAUCAGCAGAGCGGGGGCAUUAGGAUUCGAAGAGUGGUGCCGACUGCCGUCUCCACCACGUCCCAGACUGCCACGUCCCAGACUGCCACGCCCCAUACCGUGGGAUCGAUGCAGGUGUCGCCGGUGCCGGUUUUGUCGCCGGAGCCGGGGUCGCAGAGGAUUACCGUAACACAUUCUAACACCGGAAUGACGUCUGGCGGGGUUGCGACCGGUGGGAUGAGUACUAGUGUGAGUCCAGACUCGGAUUAUCGACAGGAGCUGCGACGGGGGAGUGUGACAAGUUUGACGAACAAGUUCGGGUCUCCGGGAGCUUAUUCUUCGUUGCCGUCGCCCACCAUUCGGGAAGUGACAGUGCGUCAGACGGGCUACAUCGACGGCCGCCACAGCCCACUGGCCGGCUAUCCCGUGCUCGGCGGCCAUCCCCGGCUUCAACGUCCUCCUGGCCUCCACCAUGAACCUUAUUCCGGAUUCGUGAUCCCUGAAAAACUCACUCUCGACUACGCCCGCCAAAUCCUCGGCUCCGACCUACUCAAAGGCACGACCCCUCCUCGCCGCAACUCCAUCCGUGCCUCUUCCAAACUGUCCCGAAGACUCAGCGAAACACUCAUCAAAAGCCUAAACUUCAACUCCACAUGUGACUCAGCAAACACCACUCGAGACCGAGCACUCCUUACCCACAACCUCCAUCGCACAAACGACUACCCAAAUCAAACGACCAAACUCGUCUACCAGGACCCCAGACGACCAGGAUGUUGCUGCCAGCCCAGCCAAGUCGUCGUCUACACAAACGACUCUAAUACUGAGCAAGAAUCUGUGUACUGA